AUGUAUAGAUCAUUAAUACGAACUUCUGCGAGGCAAUUGGCCUCUGCCUGCCCUGUUGCUGCUCGUGGGUUUGCUGCCCACGCCACACCGCAACCCUUCAACUGGGAAGAUCCAUUGAACGCGCAGAGUCUAUUCACAGAAGAGGAAUUGGCCAUUUCGGAAACUGCAGAGGCAUAUUGUCAGGAACGAAUGCUGCCACGGGUUCUUGACGCCUAUCGAGCUGAGCACUUUGACAAGAAGAUCCUCGAAGAAAUGGGAGAGCUGGGUUUGCUCGGCGCCACGAUUGAUGGGUAUGGUUGUGCCGGUGUCUCGAAUGUCGCCUCUGGACUUAUCACGAAAGCUGUUGAGCGAGUAGACAGUGGUUACCGGUCAGGGAUGUCUGUGCAGUCCUCCUUGGUGAUGGGAGGUAUUGAUGAGUUUGGUACACAAGAGCAGAAAGACAUGUUCUUACCUGGCAUGGCAAAGGGCAAGAUACUGGGUGCAUUUGGUCUCACGGAACCGAAUCAUGGAAGUGAUCCUGGAGCUAUGGAGACUACUGCUAAACCACAUCCUACCAAGAAGGGGUAUCUUUCUUUGUCAGGAUCAAAGACAUGGAUUACGAAUUCUCCCAUCGCGGACGUGCUUCUAGUUUGGGCAAAACAUCACGAAACGGGCAAGAUUAGAGGAUAUUUGGUUGAGAGAUCAGAAUGUCCGCCUGGAACUUUGGAGACACCUGCCAUCAAGAACAAGAAUGGACUCCGUGCUUCUCUAACAGGCAUGAUCCAUCUGGAUGAAUGCCCCGUACCAGAAGCGAACAUGUUUCCCGAUGUUGAAGGUCUCAGGGGCCCAUUUACCUGCUUGAACAGUGCCAGAUAUGGUAUUGCCUGGGGUAUCACAGGAGCUUUAGAGGACUGCAUCUCCAGAGCAAGAACAUACGCCCUGGACCGGAAGCAAUUCAAAAACAACCCUAUUGCCAAAUACCAACUGGUACAGAAGAAGUUGGCAGAUGCAACCACCGAUGCCGCAUUCGGCACACUGGCAUGCGUUCAGGUUGGGAGGUUGAAGGAUAAGGGCGAGGCAGCACCAGAAAUGAUCAGUAUGAUCAAGAGGCAGAAUUGUGAUCGUGCACUCUGGAAUGCACGGAUUUUGCAAGAAAUCUUUGGUGGAAACGCUGUUAGCGAUGAGUAUGGGAUUGGUCGACAUGUGGCGAACCUCUUCGUGACUCAGACAUACGAGGGGCAAAGUGAUAUUCACAGUAAGUUCCUCCGUCUCCUUCCGAACGUGUUACUUGAGGCUGACAUAUGGAAGGUCUUAUUCUCGGCAGAGCUAUUACGGGAAUACAGGCCUUUGUGUAGGCGGAAGAAGACUUAUACGGGUGUCUAA